AUUUAUAAUCAUUUAUUGCAAACGAUAAUUUUAUCAUUUUAUUAGUUUUAUUGAACUUUUUUUUUGUCACUUGCAAGAACGUUUAUAAAAGAAUGACUAAUUCCGCACUCUUAUCAAUAACUUCUAUUGUCAUUCAAAUCUAACGGCAAAUACAAUCAAAAUUGAAACUUUUUAUAUAAAAAAAUAUUUCAAAUAAUCACAAUAUUUUUAAUGUCUUCAUCAGCUUUAAAUAUAGGAACCAAUUGAAGAAUACAGUCAUUUUUAGUAUAUCGACUUAAUAUUCAAAUUUCUUCCUAAAUUUUACUUGAAAAUUAUUUCAAGUGUUUUAUUAUUUUCGAAGGAGAAUAUAAUUAUUGAAAUGAAAGCAGAAAAGAUUAAUUUUCUUAGUUUGAAUUUUAUCUUCAUUUUUUACACGCCAUUAGUUUAUGGUCUGCCAGUAAAUUUUUCAGGCUACUGGCACGAACGAGCUGAAAUCAUUCGAUUUGAGGAAAUUUCUUCCUUUGGAUCGGAAAUUUUGUUGAAUGAUGACGAAAUGCUCGUGAAUCGAAUUUUAAUGAGGGAAAAAUUACAUGAGAUUGAUGAAGGUUUUGAAGACGAAGGCAAAUUUCUCCCACGAUCCAAUUUUUUGACAGUGAAGGAAAAAAUUGAAAAAUCGAAAGUUUUCAAAAUAAUUCAAAAACUACCGAAAGGAGGACUUUUGCAUGCUCACGAUGUGGGAACAGUUUCGCAGGAAUAUAUUUUGGAAAAAGUCACAUAUCUCCCUAAUCUUUAUGUCUGCGAUUCGAAGGGGAAACUGCAACUUCAAUUUUUCGACACUCCUGACGAAUUUUGCGAUUGGAAAUUACUCAGCGAUGUGAGAAAAGAUCCAAAGAGUGAGGAACAAAUUAAUAAUCGAAUUUUGCAUCAAAUGUCAAUGAUGACAGAUAAUCCAGCUAAAUCCUAUCCUAAUGGUUACAAAGCGUGGAUGAAAUUCCAAAAUCUCUUCUAUUUCCUCGGCUCUUUCAUGAGAUACAAACCUGUGUUCGCCGACUAUUAUUAUCAAUUAUUGAAAGAAAACUAUGAAGAUAAAGUUUUGUACAUCGAAUUAAGAGUGAGUUUGCCUAAAUUGUACGAAUUGAAUGGAAAAAUUUACACACCAAAGGAAGUGAUUACAAUUAUCAAGAGUGUCGUCGACAGAUUUGUCAGUGAACAUCCUGACUUUGUGGGAGUGAAAAUAAUUUAUUCUAAGCAAAGAAAAAUGUCGGAGGCUCAAAUGGCGGAUUUUUUGCGUUACUAUAAAGUGAUAAAAAGUUUACAUCCAUCGUUUGUUGCCGGUCUUGAUUUGGUUGGACAUGAGGAUAAGGGAACUUCUUUAAGUACAUUUGCAAAUCAAAUUCUAGAAUUAGGGAAAAAUGAGGAUGUAACUUUUUUUCACGCCGGCGAAACAGAUUGGAAUGGAUUGAGCACUGAUGAAAAUUUAAUUGAUGCUGUUUUACUAAAUACAAAAAGAAUUGGUCAUGGUUUUGCUCUGCCGAAACAUCCGAAAGUAAUGGAACUCGUAAAAGAAAAGAACAUUGCAAUAGAAGUGAAUCCAAUUUCAAAUCAAAUUUUGAAUCUCGUCGCUGACCUAAGAAAUCAUCCGGCGAGCAUUUUAUUUGCCGAAAAUUUUCCAGUGGUCGUUUGCAGUGACGAUCCAGGACUUUGGGGUGCGAAAGGUUUGAGUUAUGAUUUCUAUGAAGCUUUCAUGGGUAUAAUGUCCCGGAAAUCAGAUCUUAGAGCACUGAAGAAACUUGCUUUAAAUUCAAUUGAAUACAGUGCAAUGAAUGGAGAAGAAAAAUUGAAAGCUCUAAUGAUUUUUAAAGAACAGUGGAGUCAUUUUCUACAUGAGAUUAUUGAUGAAAAUAACGAAAAAGACGUUCAAGUAAAAAUGAUCUGAUACGAAUAAUUAUUAUUUAUACUUGCGACAAAAGUCAAGUGUUGACUUUUGUUCAGAUAGGUAUUUUUCAGGAAUUACAUUUAAUAUUUAACAAACAUUUUUUCUUUUGUUUACUGUACAGAAAACUGUUUUAAUGGAAAAAAUAAGAAACUAUAUUUUAGAGUGUAAAUACUUGUAAAUACAAUUCGAUAAUUAAUAAUUAUAGAGAUUUGUAUAAAAAUAAAUUUGUUUUUUAAUUUAAUACUGCACUUAAAAAAAAU